AUGAGAAAUGGGACAGUAAUCACAGAAUUCAUCCUCCUAGGCUUUCCUGUUAUCCAAGGCCUACAAACACCUCUCUUUAUAGCAAUACUUCUCAUCUACAUAUUAACCCUUACAGGCAAUGGGCUUAUUAUUGCCAUUGUGUGGGCUGUGCCCAGGCUACAAAUUCCAAUGUACUUCUUCCUUUGUAAUUUGUCUUUCCUAGAGAUCUGGUACACCACCACAGUCAUCCCCAAACUGCUAGAAACCUUUGUAGUGGCAAGAACAGUAAUCUGCAUUUCCUGCUGCCUGCUGCAGGCCUUCUUCCACUUCUUCCUGGGCACCACUGAGUUCUUCAUCCUCACUAUCAUGUCUUUUGACCGCUACCUGGCCAUCUGCAAGCCCCUUCACUACCCCACCAUCAUGACCAGCAAACUCUGCCUGCAGCUGGCCCUGAGCUCCUGGGUGGUGGGCUUCACCACUGUCUUUCGUCAGAUGAUGCUGCUCAGCCAGUUGCCAUUCUGUGGCAAUAAUGUUAUCAAUCAUUUCUACUGUGAUGUUGGGCCCAUUUUGAAAGCAGCCUGCAUAGACACCAGCAUUUUGGAACUCCUGGGUGUCCUGGCAACUGUCCUUGUGAUCCCAGGGUCACUUCUCUUUAAUAUGAUUUCUUAUAUCUACAUUCUGUUCACAAUCCUACAGAUUCCUUCAGCCACUGGCUGCCAGAAGACCUUCUCUACCUGUGCCUCGUACCUGACAGUUGUCUGCCUGCUCUAUGGGGCCAUUCUGUUCAUGUACCUAAGACCCACAGCACACUCCUCCUUUAAGAUUAAUAAGGUGAUGUCUGUGCUAAAUACUAUCCUCACCCCGCUUCUGAAUCCCUUUAUUUAUACCAUUAGAAACAAGGAGGUGAAGGGAGCCUUAAGAAAGGCAAUGACUUGCCCAAAGACUGGUCAUGCAAAGUAA